UUUGGGUUUUCCUCAACAGGUUGUCCUGCUCCAGACAUUUCUCACCAUGAACUCCGUCGGAUUGCUGUUCUGCUUCAGCCUGCUGCUGGUAGCUGCUACCAGUCAGGCACCAAAACCCUGCUUUGCUCCAGAACUGCUGACUGGUGGCGUUUCUGUGAUGGCCGCCGGUGGAUUAAUGACAACAUCAGGAGCAGUCGCCUACGACGCCCUCGGACAGAGGCUGCGGGCCAGACACUAUGGCAGCUUCGGGAAUCUAACCGUGGCAGUGGACGAGCUGAUGCUCUACCAGCAGGAGGUCAUGUAUGAGAUCAAUUGGAGCGCUCAGACGUGCAGGAAGUUGCCCCUGGAUACCUACUUCAUACCCAUGCAGGUUCCUGAAGACGCUUCCCUGCUCGGUCAGACGAUCCUGGGCUCCAGCUCCUCUUGGGGGAUGGGUCUGCUGACCAACACCUGGGUGGGGCAAUUUCCCAAUAACGACUCGUAUUUACUCACCUUCACUGAGAUCGGCUGCCUUCCUGUGACUUUGACAAACUACUCUCCAAAAAUAGGAUGGACCACCAUCAGUACCUACAACUGGGUGAUUGGAAUGUCUAAUCCAGAGGAUUUCUUCCCUCCUGCUUUCUGUUACGACGCAAAAAUGGAGAAAUCUGCCAAGCCGCAAACCUUCUUCUCUGCCAUGGAGUCCCUGGCCAUGAUGGUGCAGUCUAUGAAGUGAGCACCGGGAUCUUCUUAAAAAUAACUUUCAGAUUAUGCUGACGCUAUUUAGGAAGUGCUACCAAUAAAAAUGUUCAAAUAGAAAUCAAAUGAAACAUAA